AUGGCUACCAGUUCAGUUGUUCCGGAAGCAUACCUGCAAAACACCCCAGCUUCACCCGAAUGGCUGAACAAAGGUGACAACACAUGGCAGAUGAUCUCAGCAGCACUCGUUGGCAUGCAGGGCAUGCCUGGACUAGUGAUCCUCUAUGCAGGCCUGGUCAAGAAGAAAUGGGCUCUCAACUCAGCAUUUAUGGCACUCUACGCCUUUGCAGCUGUAAUGCCUUGCUGGGUCCUUUGGGCGUACAAGAUGUCAUUUGGUCAUCGUCUCCUCCCUUUUUGGGGAAAACCUGGCCUUGCCGUCUCCCAAGACUUCUUGAUCCCUCAAACCGUUCUGCCCUCAACACAAUACAAAAACAUAACUGCAGCCGCUCAACCACUUUACUCCACAUCUACCAUGGUCUUCUUCCAAUUUGCUUUCGCAGCUGUGACUGCAGUACUCCUUGCUGGGUCAGUUCUUUGUCGAAUGAGCAUCAAAGCUUGGAUGGUCUUUGUUCCAUUAUGGAUCACUUUCUCCUACAGUGUUGUAGCCUUCAGCAUAUGGGGUGGCGGCUUUCUCUUCCAAUGGGGUAUCAUGGAUUAUUCAGGUGGCUAUGUUGUGCAUCUAGCAUCUGGUGCAGCAGGAUUCACAGCAGCUUACUGGGUUGGACCAAGACUGCAGGAAGACAGGGAAGAGUUCCCACCAAAUAAUCUCUUAAUGACACUGGCUGGAGCUGGUAUUCUUUGGAUGGGCUGGACUGGUUUCAAUGGAGGAGAUCCUUUUACAGCCAACGUAGAUUCCUCCCUUGCAGUUCUCAACACUCAUAUCUGUGCAGCCACCAGUCUCCUUGUCUGGACCUGCUGGGAUGUUCUCUUCUUCAGAAAGCCCUCUGUGAUUGGAGCCAUUCAAGGAAUGAUAACAGGGUUGGUGUGCAUAACUCCUGCUGCAGGUCUCGUUCAAGGAUGGGCAGCACUAGUAAUGGGUAUAACAUCAGGAACUAUUCCUUGGUACAGCAUGAUGUGCCUGAGCAAGAAGUUGCCACUGCUGCAGAAAGUUGAUGAUACCCUCGGUGUAUUCCACACUCAUGCUGUUGCUGGGACCUUGGGUGGCGCUCUAACAGGACUCUUAGCUCAUCCAGACCUAUGUAGCUUAUUCUUGCCAGUCCCCAACUCAAAAGGGGCAUUCUAUGGCAGUCAAGGUGGACUUCAAUUUCUGAAGCAAUUAGCAGGAGCAUGUUUUGUAAUAGGCUGGAAUGUACUAGUUACGUCUAUCAUUCUAUAUGGUAUCAAAUUGUUUAUGCCCCUUCGUAUGACUGAAGAUGAUCUGAAAAUUGGAGAUGAUGCAGUACAUGGUGAAGAGGCCUAUGCUUUAGUUGGAGAAGGACAGAGGGAAAAGUCUACUAAAAAUGGUGGCAACCACGAUGGUCUUGAGCUCCACUGUCCUUCAGUUUAA